GCACCUUCACCACCUUCUGACGUCGCAGCUGCCGCAUGGACGGCGAGGAUGGACACGAAAGGAGGCGAGGACGGAGCGGCCAUGUUGAGUGAAUGAAUGAAUGAAUCGGUGAUUUCAUGUUUGCAGGUUGGGUCCAUGAUGGAGUCGUCCCACCUCCUGGCCGCCGCUAAGAAGCGCGUGAAGAUCCACCCUCACACGGUCACCGCCAAGUACGCUACACACCCCCCCUACUCCCCGCAGCCUGGAGGCCACACCCACUUCCCCCAGCCCGGGGACGAAGGCUACGACGACGCGCCGUCUUUUGAGGACUUCGGCUCCUUCCUGGAGGAGACCUCGGACCGGAAGCCGCUGUCGGAGGCCAAGCCGUGGCCCCUGAGUCUGUUCGGGUCCAAGGACAAGGAGAAGGGCGCCGCCCCGAGACCCCAGGCGGACUGCAGCGGCGAUGCCGCAGCCAAGGUGGCGAAAGCCUCCGGGAAAGGAGUCGGGGAGCAGCUGGCCAGUUUCGGGGAGGCCUCCGUGUCCGCGUCCCGGCUCACCUGGGUCGGAGUUCUGGGGGCGGCGCUGGCUAACGGCUGCGUGAUUAUUCUGACUCGUGUGGCGUCGGAGCGGCUGGGCUUGGGCGCCAUCUUUCUUCUCUUGGUGCGCUGCGUGGUGCAGCUGCUGGCCGUGGUCGUGCCGCUCCACCGGGGGGAGAACCCUUUCGGACCGGAAGGCUACCGUCUGCGUCUGCUGGGUUACGGCGUGGCCUACUCCCUCUCGCUCUGCUGCGCCUACUCCUCGCUGACCUUCGCCAACCCAGACACAGCCGCCACCACCUGGCGCCUGGCGACCACGGCGCUGUCAGCCGCCCUCGCCUUCCUGCUGCUGGAGGAGCGUCUGGGCCUGGCGGACGGCAUCACCUUAGGGGCGGGACUGUGCGGCUUGGGGGUUCUGCUACUUCCGGCUGCAGAUGAGAGCAACUCCGACUCCCCGACUGACCCGGUGGUGUUCUGGAGGGGGGCCUUCGGGUGGUCGCUGGCUGCCCUCGCCGGGCUGUGGAUGGCCCUGGCCUUAGUUGGGUACCGCUCCCUGAAGGAGCGAGUGGGCGUGGCCACGGCUCUGUUCACAGUGAGCUGGACUGGAUGCCUGCUGGCCCCGCUGGCGCUGGUUCUGCUCCAGGAGGGCUGGUCUUGGCCCCAGGGAGCCCAAGCCUGGGGCCUGAUCCUGGGCUUGGUGGCCUGCUCGGCCGCCGCCUUCCUGGGGGUGACCCACGGCCUGGCCCGCCUCCACCCGGCGCUGGUGUCUGCCUGCCAAAGCAUGGAGGUGCCGCUGGCCACGGCGCUGCACCUGGCCUUGCUGCCCAUGGCGCCUACCGCCACCGAGGUGGUGGGGAACACCAUGGUGAUACUGAGUGUAGGCUGGUUGGUCGCCGUCAAGCUGCUUCCCUCACGCGGCGCCGGGCGGCGCCACCGGGAGGAGUACGAGGAGAUCCUGGACUCGCCCAUUAAAUAAAGACUAAAUACCUCUGCCAAGCACAAAGUUCAUGAACUGAUCGCCAUUUCUUUGUUUCAUGGCCACUUUUACUCGACUUUAUUACCUCUGCCAAGCACAAAGUUCAGUAUCCAUCGCCAUUUCUUUACCGGGUUUUCUGCUCCGCCGCUCCCAGUCUGUGGAACGCUCUCCCUGACCACCUGAGGGUACCACAGACUGUGGAUGCAUUUAAAAAAGGCUUAAAAACCCUUCUUUUUAAAAAAGCCUUUUUUUUUUUUCUUUUUUUUUUAGAUAUAUGCAUACUAGUUUUAGCUAUUUGGCUGUUCUACUUUUUAUUAGGGACCGAGUCCCUUUGGGACAGAGGACCCUAUUGUAUUUCUAGCGUUUUAUUAUUAUUAUUCCGCCACCUCUUUGAGCUGUAAUUUGACCCCCUUAACAUGCUCUAAAACUCACCAAAUUGGACUAGCGAAAAUUGCGAUCUAAUCAAAAAACCAAACCCCAAAACUCAAAAUUGCGCUCUAGCGCCCCCUAGGAAGAAAACACAGACAAAACUGCCUGUAACUUCCAGUAGGAAUGUCGUAGAUACAUGAAACAAAAACCUCUAUGUAGGUCUCACUUAGACCUAGAUUCCAUACACUGACAACCCUCAGCAAAAAUCUACAGGAAGUUUGCAAUUCCCCCUUCAAAACAAAAGUUGAGUAAAAACAGUCACCUUUUUUCAAACAUUAUCUCCUCUGAGCGCGUUUGUCGUGUCGGCUUCAAAUUAGCACAGGAGAGAGAUUGAACCCUUCGGAUUAAAAGUUGAUGAAAGAGUUUUAAUUACUGCUCCGGUUUGGAUUUUAUGAGCCGUCAAAGUCGGUCCCGUCCAUCGCUGCUUGCAGUUUUUUUUUUUUUUUAAUUAUUUUAUUUAUUUUUAAUACACUGUAGCACUUUGAGGUUGUUUACUCAAUGUAAAGUGCUUUUUACAAAUACAAUCUAUUAUUAUUAUUUUUUUGUUUCAUGGCCACUUUUUCCCCGGCUCGCUUGAUGCCAACAACAACAAGAAGGACAAUAAAUUAUUUCACGGUUCUGGGAACAAUCAAGUCGUGAGUCCAGGCUUGUUUCUGACAUUAUGGAACGCCCGCUUUUGGCUCCAAGAUGUGGGCGGGGCUAGAUCGGCCCGCUGACGUCACAGACGGAAGACAAUAUUUCACGACGCAUCGUUUCGUGUUUUUGUUGUGUCGUCAUGUCGAAUGUUCGCGCAAAAUUGGAAGAAAAAGUGCAAAAUACCCCAGAGGGGAAGACAAAGUGUGUAAAUAUUGUGUACAUUAAAUGUUGUUGAACAA